CCAAACUCACAGAAGCUGCAUUAUUCAUUCCAAACAAACUUCCCAAAACAUGGAGUCCUUCAUUGUCUCCCUCCUCUGCCUCUUUGUCUUCCUUAUCUAUCUCUCUCUACACUUCCUCUUCUACAAGAGCAAGGGCUCCAACCUCCCGCCGGGCAAAACCGGCUGGCCGGUCAUCGGAGAGAGCCUUGAGUUCCUCUCCACCGGCUGGAAAGGCCACCCGGAGAAGUUCAUUUUCGACCGCAUGGCCAAAUACUCGUCUCAAGUCUUCAAAACCUCACUUCUAGGUGAGCCAGCAGCGGUGUUCUGUGGUGCAGCAUGCAACAAGUUCUUGUUUUCGAACGAAAACAAGCUUGUCCAAGCAUGGUGGCCGGACUCCGUCAACAAAGUCUUCCCUUCGUCCACACAGACCUCUUCGAAAGAGGAGGCCAUCAAAAUGAGAAAAAUGCUGCCAAAUUUCCUCAAACCCGAAGCGUUGCAGCGCUAUAUUGGCAUCAUGGAUACCAUAGCGCAGCGACACUUCGCUUCGGGCUGGGAGAAAAACGACGAAGUUGUUGUUUUCCCUCUGGCCAAGAGGUACACCUUCUGGCUCGCCUGCAGGUUGUUUGUGAGUGUAGAGGAUCCGAACCACGUGGCGAGGUUUGCUGAUCCCUUCAACAUGUUGGCCUCCGGACUCAUUUCUAUCCCCAUUGAUUUGCCGGGAACUCCGUUCCACCGGGCCAUUAAGGCAUCGAAUUUCAUCAGGAAGGAGCUGGUGGCGAUCAUCAAGCAGAGGAAGGUGGACCUGGCUGAGGGGAAGGCGUCGCCGACGCAGGAUAUACUGUCACACAUGCUUGUGACGAGUGAUGAGAAUGGGAAGUUCAUGCACGAGUUGGAUAUAGCUGAUAAGAUAUUGGGGUUGUUGAUUGGUGGACAUGACACUGCAAGCUCAGCUUGCACUUUCAUUGUCAAGUAUCUUGCUGAACUCCCUGAGAUCUAUGAGGGGGUCUACAAAGAGCAAAUGGAGAUUGCAAAAUCAAAAGGUGGAGGUGAAUUGCUGAACUGGGAAGAUAUUCAGAAGAUGAAGUAUUCAUGGAACGUAGCAUGUGAAGUUCUCAGACUUGCCCCUCCCCUCCAAGGAGCUUUCAGAGAAGUCCUCACUGAUUUUAUGUUCAAUGGUUUCUCAAUUCCUAAGGGCUGGAAGAUUUAUUGGAGUGCAAACUCAACGCAUAAAAAUUCAGAGUUCUUUUCGGAGCCCGAAAAGUUUGAUCCAUCAAGAUUCGAGGGAAGUGGACCGGCUCCAUACACAUUUGUACCUUUCGGAGGAGGACCUAGGAUGUGUCCCGGAAAAGAGUAUGCCCGAUUGGAAAUACUAGUAUUCAUGCACCAUCUCGUGAAAAGAUUCCGGUGUGAGAAAAUUAUUCCGGAUGAGAAGAUCGUCGUGGAUCCUAUGCCGAUCCCGGCCAAGGGCCUUCCAGUUCGCCUCUAUACUCGCAAGGAUUAAAUUUGGCUAGAUCCAUAACCUACUCACAAGAAAUUCUACCUAGCUAUACAUAAGCAUAACAAUCAAUGCUUGUUCAUGUACUCUCUAUUUUAUAAUUAUAAUUAUAAUUAUAAUUUUCCUUAUUUCAUUUGUUUCCAAUAUGUCCUGGUUAUAAGCCAAUGAAGUCUGUUACUAGUUCUACUUCAUGUUUAAACUUUAAGGGAUAAAAGUGUAAAAUGGAGAAAGCAAUAACUUUAUAAAGAUUAAGAAGUAGAUAUGUGUG